AUGGCUCCUGAGGUAUUGGCGAAGGCCAAACAAGCCAAGGUACUCCCUCAACAUCCCUCUUUGGCUAUUGUUGACUCUUCCGAUGCCACCCUGCGGACCACUCUUUCUAUGGUACCCGCAAAGUUCAAUACUCAGGCUGCUCCUGUAGAAGCGGGAACCUCCUAUGCUACUGCUCCUCAGGGACAACGGACUUAUAGACGUGGCUCUAUUACCAUACUCAGAGUUCCUAUGAUUCUUCAACAGUGGCACCCAGCGUUAAAGAUGAAGAAGAACCACCAUGAAUCCCUGCCGGUCUGGGUCAAACUGAGGGAUAUUCCCUAUGCUCUAUGGUCUGUUGCAGGCAUAAGUACAAUCGCUAGUGCAAUUGGAAAACCAUUGCAUGUCGAUAUGCAAACUGAAAAAAUGAGAAUGAUCUCUUAUGCCAUAGUGUGUGUAGAGAUCAAGGCAAACCAGAAAAUACUUGCAUCGGUGGAAGUCAUCAUUAAUGAUGAGAGUUGGACGAUCGUUGUUGAGUUUGAAUGGCGUCCUGUAUCAUGUAUGACUUGUGGCACGUUCGACCACAGAUGUCCUCCUCCGAGUGUAGUGCAUAUUGCCACUCAGAAUGACCCAACACCAGCAGCUGCUGCAGAUACAAUACCUCCUGCGCGAGGUGAUAAAUGGGAAACUAUUAAGAAAAAAAAUGGUGCGGGACAGACUAGAGUCCCUGCUGUGACGCCCUCCCCUGGGAUUAGUUUCAAAUCUCUUGAACCAAAAUCUAGUAUGGUAGAGAAGUCCCUCCCCGACCUUGGCUUGCCAUCUCCUGCUACCUCUAUGGAUUCUUCUGACUCGGAAGACACUGAUAAGGAGUUGGCCAACAACAUUGGUAGCGACUCAGAGAAAGACCCCUCUCCUGCCCCACCACACACCAGAUCACGAUCUGUUCUGAACCCUGGGGAUGCAACAGAUAUGGGAAGUCGUGACACACCUUUGCUUGCUCCCGCUCUGGCCCCUCCCAACCCCAACAGCAGCCCUUCUACUAUUAAAAUGCCCAUCUCGAAGAAAAAAUGGGUUGGCAAGAAAAGGCGGUAG